UUAAACAAUGGUGGUUAAGGAAAGUGAAGUGUGUGGUGGUGGGUUGGAAUGGAGAAUCAACUUUCCAGAUGGGACUUCCAAAAUAUUAGUCCCUCAUCAUCAUACCAUAUCCAAAACCAGAUUUUGCAGAAUUUUGCAUGCUUUUUUUGUUGAGGGUUUGUUUUCUAAAAUAUAUGGCUUCUUUCGAGAGGCUUGGAGAUUAGGAAUGGACGAUCCUAAGAAGUUUUUUCAUUGCUUCAAAGUAGGGAUAGCCCUUUCUCUCGUCUCCCUUUUUUAUUACAUGAGGCCUUUGUAUCAAGGUGUUGGCGGCAAUGCUAUGUGGGCUGUUCUUACUGUUGUUGUUGUCUUCGAAUACACCGUUGGUGCAACACUCUGUAAAUGUCUGAACAAAGCUACGGCAACUUUCUUGGCAGGCGCAUUAGGUAUUGGUGUUCAUUGGAUAGGUAGCCAUUUCGGAGAAAAGCUCCAGCCCAUAUUCCUCCAAGGCUCCGUUUUCGUCUUAGCUGCUGCAGCAACUUUCACGCGAUUCAUGCCAUCAGUAAAAGCAAGAUUCGAUUAUGGGGUCCUUAUCUUUAUACUAACCUUUAGCCUGGUUUCGGUUUCUGGAUUUCGUGUGGGGAAAUUGUUCGAGUUUGCGAGUCAUAGAUUAUCCACCAUUGCAAUAGGGACCUCAAUUUGCAUCCUCACAAGCAUUCUUUUCUGCCCUGUAUGGGCUGGAGAGGAGCUUCACAACCUUAUCCAAACUAACAUGGAAAAGCUUGCCGAUUCUUUGGAUGAAUGUGUGGCAGAAUAUUUCAGAAAGGAUGCAAGGAGUGAAGCUUCCAACAAAAUUUCGGUAGGGUACAGAUGUGUGCUCAAUUCAAGGGCAACUGAAGAAUCAUUGGCUAAUUUUGCCAGAUGGGAGCCUGCACAUGGUGGCUUCAAUUUUGGACAUCCUUGGAAAGAGUACCGCAAAGUCGGGGCUUCUCUCAGAAGCUGUGCUUAUCACAUCGAAGUCCUUAACGGUAGCAUCAAUGCUGGCACAAAGGCACCCGAUUUUCUGAAGAAGCAUUUCAGCAAGUUUUGCAUGAAACUGAGCUCUAGUUCGUCAGCCGUGUUGAAAGAAUUGGUUUUUGUCACCCAUACAAUGACAAGAUCAGCAAAGAUAGAUAUCAUCGUUGAGGAAAUGAGGAGUGCAGUUGAAGAAUUACAGAUUGUACUGAAAUCCCUAAUUACACAGCCAAUUAAUGCAUCAACUAAUAUCAAUAUUGGGAACGAAGAGUCAGAUGCAAGUAACACUAGUAUGUCGCUCAUAGAAAUAGCUCCAUUAGUCACGUUAUCAUCUUUGUUGAUAGAAAUUGCAGCAAGAACAGAGGAUAUUGCAAAGGCUGUUAAUGAACUGGCAAACUAAGCAUAGUUCCACAACUUUUAUGUCAUAAGUCAGAUUAGUGGAGAGAUUUAACCACGGGAAUCCUAGGAAAUGUCCGAGCUUGUCACAGCAUCUGAUUUUGUAUGUAUAUUUGUGUGUGUGCGCGUCUUGUUCAUGAAUUCAUGCAAGAACUAUAAAUAAAUGAAGAAAUAUUUUUGUAUA